AGAAUUAAAACCCCAUCAGCCUCCAAACCAACAAAAGUCAAAAUCCACGUAGCAAAACAUUGUUUUCUUACAGGCAUUGAGGGAUCACAACCGCCAACUUCCUCUCUUUCUCUCUCUCUCUCUCUCUCUCUCUCUCUCUCUCUUUUUUAUUUUAUUUUUUUUAUAAAUCCUUUUAUUAUAUUCAACAAAUAAUAUUGCAUAGUGGGAGUGAGUGAAAAAGAUGGCUAUCAGCUUCAUCAUCUAUAUCAUCAUCAAGAUCAAAAAUCUCUGCUGCAUUCGUAAUGGUGACCUGGUCAGAAUAAUACCAAAAACAAAGCUCCUAAUUUCUAGUUUUUCUUCCUCAGUUUAUCUUCAAGUCUUCUACCAAUACCAUUGCAGGAGAUGUUUCAUAGUUCUGGUGGGUUUUCCAUUCUUGGGAUGCCUAUAUUAAGAACUUUCACUUUUGGAGCUUUUUUGCUUGUGUGGCUGUGUUGGUCUCCUCUCCUCAUUGAAGCACAAGAUGGCAUUACUCAUUCUUCAGAAGUGAGUGCAUUGCGGGAUAUCAAGAGCAGUUUGAUUGAUAUCAGCAAAAAUUUGAGCAAUUGGAAUCGUGGAGACCCAUGCACAUCAAAUUGGACUGGAGUUUUGUGCUUCAAUGAAACAAAGGAUGAUGGCUAUCUGCAUGUUAGAGAACUGCAACUACUUAAUAUGAAUCUGUCUGGAACUUUAUCACCGUCACUUGGUCUCUUAUCUUAUAUGGAAAUAUUGGAUUUUAUGUGGAACAACAUAAGUGGGAGUAUACCAAAGGAGAUAGGAAACAUAAAAUCUUUGGUACUCUUGCUUCUGAAUGGAAACCAAUUAACAGGUCCCUUGCCUGAAGAGCUUGGCAAUCUUCCAAACUUGAACAGAAUACAGAUUGAUCAGAACCAUAUAUCGGGAUCAAUCCCAGUUUCAUUUGCAAACUUGAACAAUACACAGCACUUUCACAUGAACAACAAUUCAAUUAGCGGGCAAAUCCCACCGGAACUAUCCAGAUUACCAAAUCUUGUUCACUUCCUUCUGGACAGCAACAACUUAUCUGGAUAUCUUCCACCACAGCUCUCUGAAUUGCCAAAAUUACUUAUACUUCAACUUGAUAACAACAACUUUGAUGGAGCAACAAUUCCGGAUUCUUAUGGUGACAUGACUAAACUGUUGAAAUUGAGUCUGAGAAACUGUAAUUUGCAAGGUUCAAUCCCUGACCUGAGCCGGAUACCAAACCUUGGAUAUCUAGACCUCAGUUCAAACCAGCUAAACGGAUCCAUACCUGCUGAAAGGCUUUCUGAGAAUAUUACAACCAUUGAUUUAUCUAACAAUAAUCUUACCGGGAGUAUUCCUGCCAGCUUUUCGGGCCUGCCUCUUCUUCAAAGAUUGUCAAUUGCAAACAAUUCAUUGAACGGCUCCAUUCCAUCUACCCUUUGGCAAAGUCGGACUCUGAAUGCAUCUGAAGAACUUAUCUUGGAUUUUGAGAACAAUAGACUCACAAACAUUUCUGGUGAUGGCACUAUUAGUCUCCCUCAGAAUGUUUCACUCUGGCUGCGAGGCAACCCUUUAUGCUCAAAUUCCAACCUGGUCCAAUUUUGUGGAUAUCAAAACAAAGAUGUAGACGAGCAGGGUUUGACAAACACUACCAAUAGCUGUCCCCCUCAAGCAUGUCCUUACUAUUAUUCCCAAACAUCUCCUGUACGUUGUUUUUGUGCUGCCCCUCUGCUCGUUGGAUAUCGAUUGAAAAGUCCUGGAUUCUACAGUUUUCCAGAGUACAAAUAUAUGUUUGAAGAGUAUUUGACCUCUGGUCUCAACUUGGAACUUUAUCAGUUAUACCUUGAGAACAUCCAAUGGGAAGUAGGACCUAGAUUGAAAAUGGACUUGCAGCUAUUUCCUGUCUAUGAUGCUAGCAACAAAAGUUCUUAUCUCUUUAAUACAAGUGAGGUUCUCCGUAUCAUGAGCAAGUUCACCGGAUGGACAAUUCCUGAUAGCGAAAUAUUUGGACCUUACGAACUUAUCUACUUCACUCUGUUGGACCCUUAUAAGAAUGUGAUUGUUGCCUCACCAUCAUCAUCUGGUAUAAGCAAGGGUGCCUUGGCUGGCAUAGUAUUGGGUGCCAUUGCUGGUGCAGUUACAUUAUCUGCAAUUAUUUCACUUCUAAUCGUGAGAACGCAUAUGAGAGACUAUCGUGCAAUUUCAAAAAGACGUCAUGCAUCUAAAGCCUCUCUAAAAAUUGAUGGAGUGAAGGAUUUUACUUAUGCUGAAAUGGCCUUGGCUACAAAUAAUUUUAGUAGCUCCACUCAAGUUGGUCAAGGAGGAUAUGGAAAAGUUUAUAGAGGCAUUCUUGCUGAUGGCACAGUUGUGGCGAUCAAACGUGCUCAGGAGCAUUCUUUACAGGGUGAGAAGGAGUUCUUAACAGAAAUAGAAUUGUUGUCAAGGCUACAUCAUAGGAAUCUUGUUUCUUUGGUUGGAUACUGUGAUGAAGAAGGUGAACAGAUGUUGGUUUAUGAGUUUAUGUCAAAUGGCACCCUUAGAGACCAUCUUUCUGCCAAGUCUAAAGAACCCUUGAGUUUUGCAUUGAGAGUGAGAAUUGCCUUGGGUUCAGCAAAAGGCAUCCUCUACCUACAUAAGGAUGCUGAUCCUCCAAUUUUCCACCGAGAUAUAAAGGCAAGCAACAUAUUACUCGACUCUAAUUAUAAUGCAAAGGUUGCUGAUUUUGGACUUUCAAGACUUGCCCCAGUACCAGAUAUUGAAGGGGCUGUGCCAGCUCAUGUGUCCACAGUAGUGAAGGGUACUCCAGGUUACCUUGAUCCAGAGUAUUUUCUAACACAUAAAUUGACCGAUAAGAGUGAUGUUUAUAGCCUUGGUGUUGUAUUUCUGGAGCUCUUGACGGGGAUGCAACCGAUCUCACAUGGGAAAAACAUUGUUCGAGAGGUCAAUGUUUCAUACCAAUCUGGUAUGAUAUUCUCGGCCAUUGAUGGACGUAUGGGUUCUUAUCCUUCUGACUGUGUGGAGAAGUUCUUGAAUUUAGCCAUUAAGUGUUGUGAGGAUGAGACAGAUUCAAGACCUUCAAUGGCGGAUGUGGUCCGUGAACUUGAAACUAUAUGGCUGAUGAUGCCAGAGUCUGACACGAAAACAACAGAUAAAGUGACCAGUGAUCCUGAAAAGUUAGUUAGUUCACCAUCUUCAUCAUCUAUGGUGAAGCAUCCUUAUGUGUCGUCCGAUGUUUCUGGCAGCGACCUUGUUAGUGGAGUUAUUCCUAGCAUCACUCCCAGAUGAAUGGCACUGUGGGAGACGAUGAUAAGAACAUCCGAAUCUGAAGUUGUUAUAAUCUUGAAAAUUUGGAAUGGGAGGUCCUAUCAAAUGUUUUGAUUCCAGAUUUCUGUAUAUGAAGUCUUGGUAUACUUUGUUUUGUAAAGGUAAUAGGUAGACUGGUGGAGUAAUAGCCUAAUAGCUAAUGCUGUUUGUGAUACAUGAAUUAUGCUAAAAAUUUUUUGAUUCCUUGUUA